CCAACAAGAACCAGACAAAAUAAAAAUGAUAAAGUUUGCUUGUUUAACUUUUAUCUGCUUUCUACUCCAUUCUUCUAAUGGAGUUCAAAUCCUUCAUGGAGUUGGUGACUAUACAAGUUAUCAUGUUGGCAAUAUGAACUUGGUUAUAUCUGUUCCUCAUAAUGGAUUGAAGACAACUUCAGAUAUUCCGGAUAGGCACAAUGGAUGCUUAGAUCAAAAUAAUAAUUGCAUUUAUACACACAACUGCGGCCAACAAAGUAACUCCUGUUCAGUUAGAACUGCAGGUGAUAGUUACACAAAAUCUAUUGCCACGAAAUUUUACGAUAAGGUACAUGAGUUGACUGGUCUCUACCCUCAUAUGAUAGUUAGUGAACUGAGAAGGAAAAAGAUGGAUCCUAAUCGUGAAGUAAAUGAAGCUACUUUUGGCGACCCAUUGGCAACUCAAGUCUACAAUGAUUUUCAUAAUUUUAUCAAUCAAGCAAAGAAUGCCAUUUCGGGAGAUGGUCUUCUUAUUGAUAUGCAUGGUCAAACGCAUCCAGAGGAGUGGAUUGAAUUGGGUUAUUUGAUCUCAAGAUAUCAACUAGUUAACAAUAUUUGGAUUCCAUCAAUCUCUUCCAUAAGAGCUCUGGAUUCAAGAUUCAAUAAUGUUGGUCUUGAGAAUCUAGUAAGAGGUCCAAACAGCCUUGGUAAACUACUGAAUGACCAUUCACAACUUGUCGUACCUUCCCCAAACAAUCCCGAUCCAACAGCGUCUGGUAAUUAUUACAGUGGCGGCUUUAUAGUAAAAACAUAUGGAUCCAAAAAUGGCGGAAAUAUAGACGCAAUUCAAGUCGAGGCUCCAAAAAAUAUUCGAUUCAGCUCUACAAAAAGAACCAAAUUCGGUCAAGACCUUGGCAGUGCUGUCGUAAGCUUUAUGCAGACUUAUUACGGUCUACUUUAAGAAUGUCAUAAGUUGUGAUUGAAAGCUUUUCUUCAGGUAAUGUUUCAGAUAUAGUUAACUAAUAUAGAAUACAAUUCUAUUAGAAGGCAAAGAUAAAACACUGUCAUUUUCUUCGUAAUAGAAUCUUAUAGUUAAUUGGAAAUGUUUUACCAUUUCAUCAUGAGUAUUCUUAUUCAAACUACGGUAGAAACUAAAGAAGAAGAAUUUCGAUAUUAAUCUAGAGAACGUAAUAAACAUCUUUAUUAAAGUCUUUAUCAUAAAAUUUUGAAUGCAAAGGAACUUAAUUGUUAAUUAAACAUUUUGACUGAAUUUCGUUCAGUUAAUAAUUGACAACCGGCAAAAGGUUAGUGAACUUGUCAUUUGAGUAAGAAGCACUAGGCUCAGAAUAAGGUUUAUGUGAAUGAUAUUAUUGAAAUGUUCCUCUCAUAAAUAAUGUUUAUUGAAUAGUAAAUAUUUAUUGAAAAACGAUCGUAGGAGUGAAAAUCUUAAAAGGUAUAAAGAAUAUAUAUAAAAGAUUUUUUCAUAUACAGAGAUAUUAUAUUGAAGCGCUCUCCUUUUUUUCUAACAAUGCUCAUAAGGUCAGUAAACUUCUUAGAAAUUUGCUAAACAUACAGAAAUUAAAAGGCAUAAAUAAAGUGAUAUAGUAUUUCUUGCAUUGUUGAGACCAUUCAUACCACUUGUAGGGUCUGUUGAAUCUUGUCUUUUGUAAUAUUUGUCCAUAAACUGUGCUGUAAUUGUCCCCAAAUCUUUACCAUAUUUAUUUCUUAAUGCCGGCGUAAAUCUUAAAUUUCUUGGACUUUCAAUUUGAAUAGCAUCAAUUUCACCUUCAUUUCUCGAACCAUAAGUUUGAGUUAUAUAUCCUCCACGAAAAUAUCUUCCAUUUCCAGGACUCCAGUAGGAAGGAGACGGAACAGUUUUGUAAGAUAAAUCAUCCAAAAGCUUACCAUAACUUUCCGAUCCUCUGAGUAAAUUCUCAAAAGUUACAUUCUUGAAUCUUUUGCUCAAGGAAAAUAUUGAAGAUGUUUCCGGAUUUGUAUCAUUGGUAUUUAACAUUUCUCUGCUGAAUAAGUAGCCCAAUUCAAUCCAUAAUUCAGCAUGGCUUUGGCCAUGAAUAUCUAACAAGAGACCAAAACUGUUUAUAGAAUUCUUUGCUUGAUUUAUAAAGCCAUGAUAGUCAUCAUAUACUCUUAGUGCUUCCGUAUUAUCGUAUGCACCCUCUUGUCUAUUUCGAUUGGGAUCCAUUUUUGCUCUUCUCAAGUUGCUAAUGAUCAUAUGAGGACUCCUUUUGGUUUCAUUUUUAUACGACUCAUACAAAAGCAUAGCUAGCUUUCUUGUAUGAGAAUCCGUAACCGUAGUAGGCUUACAACUCGUUGAUGGAGUUGUACAAUUGUGUUUCCAUAUACAUUUUCCAGUAUUAUCCUUACACCCAUUUUUCCUAUCUGGAAAAUAGAACAGAUUCAUUAUUUAAAUAUGAAUACAUACAGUAUACAGUAUAAUUCGUAUUAUGUAUGCUAGUAUAAUCAACUCAGACAGCGUAUAUAGAACGCAAGAAACAUUUUGAAGAUUAUACAGUCUAGUCCCACUGAAUCAGCAAAUAUAUACCUGGAAUGUCAUCUGGAGAACUAAGACCGUUGUGAGGUACUGAUAUAAUCAAGUUUGUAUCUCCUAUAUAAUAUUCUGUCAAGUUUCGAUGUCCCUUAAUAAUUUCAACGCUAUUUGCAAAACUGAAGCCAGCUAUUAGCAUGGUUACAAUAGAAGUUAACAUAAUCUUGUCGCUUGAAUCUGUAAAAAUAUUAUUCGUUAACUUAGUGUGAACUGUAAUAUGAAAAUGAUUAAAUUUUUAAUAAAUCGGUUUAGCGAUAGUACUUUUUAAAUAAAGAUACAUAUUUUAUUGACUAUAAAUAGACAGCCAUUUUUGUCUAUCUUUCGCAAAUAGAAUAUUCUGUAUAUUAUUACUAUUU